CCAGCGAGAUUUCGAGCCUCCGGGUGAGCUAGAGCGGCGAGACAGGCCGGCGUGUGCUGCCAUGGAGGACGAGAAGACCUUUUCGGAUAUCUGUGGCGGCCGCCUGGCUUUGCGGCGCCGCUACCAUUCACCGUACUGCCGCGAGUUCGGCCUCAGCUCGGCUCGGCUGUCGCUGUGCUCGCUCACCGCUGUCACCUGCGCGGUGUGGCUGGCGGCCUACGGGCUCUUCACCCUGUGCGAGAAUAGCAUGAUUCUCUCUGCCGCCAUCUUCAUCACCAUCUUAGGCCUGCUUGGUUACCUCCAUUUUGUGAAGAUCGAUCAGGAGACUCUAUUAAUCAUCGACUCACUUGGCAUCCAGAUGACUUCAUCUUAUGCAUCGGGCAAAGAAAGUACCACCUUCAUAGAGAUGGACAAGGUCAAGGAUAUUAUCAUUAAUGAGGCUAUUUACAUGCAGAAAGUCAUUUACUACCUCUGCAUUUUACUGAAGGAUCCAGGGAAACCACAUGAGAUAUCCCAGGUAGUUCCUGUCUUCCAGAGUGCCAAGCCCCGGUUGGACUGCUUGAUUGAAGUAUACAGAAGCUGCCAGGAGAUUCUGGCACACCAGAAGGCCACAUCAACAAGCUUAUGAGUCUCAGCAUUCAAAGACAGUACGUUUCGGAUGGCACAGAAAUGCUGGCCUGGACAUAGCAUCUUGGUCUCAGCACCACACAGGGCUCUGAAGAGCUAGGUGUGCACAUGGACAGACUCUGAGCUAAGAGGUAGAAGUGCAGUGCUUACCUUGACACGCCCUUGAAGACAGUGUUCCAGCUCCCUGCCAGAAGGAUCAUCGGUGAAGAGGGCAAAGCCAGACUGGGAGGGCUUCCUCAUGCCUGUCUCCUGGUUCAGCCUCUGGAGGAACUCAUCAACUGUGGAGGAGCCAUCAAAACCAACCACCUGGGAAUGGGGAGAGGCACCCUGAACCAGCAGACUUCCUGAGGAACUGUCACAGGGGAUCAUGGAAGGGUCUGAACACAGCAGUGAAGGCAAGAUGUCAAAGCCAGUUGGUUUCCACUUUCACAUUCAGAGCGACCUGAGUCUGCCCACUAAACUGGAACUGGACAGAGGCCUAGUCACUCUAUUAUAGUUAAUAUUCUGGAAGCUUUAUCUCAUGCUUUUCUGGUCCAGUGUCUCAGUGUUCCUGUUCAUGCAGUGGGUUCAGAAGACCUACCUGUAAGGCACCAAGCUGUAUAGCACUUUGGGUUCAAGCUCCUUUCUCCUUACACACACUACGCAUGCCAUCCCCACCUCAAAUCUAGGCUUAAUCUGAGCACCUACAAGGCUUAGCAGCACCUAGAAGUAUUCUCUGAAUAGAGACAUGGGAAGACUUGGGCUAGAGUGCAUGCUCAACUUCCUUACCUGGUAAGUCCCAUUGGCAAAGUGCACAGGGAUGCUGAAGGGUAAGGAGUGAUGGAAGGGGUUUCGCAGCAAGAUGGACACCACUUCCAUCCGUGAUGGCCUGGCCUCCCGUUCUCCUGUCUGCAGGGUUCGCUCCACAGCUCGCUGGCAGUAUAUGGCAUACUGGCCAGUUUCACUUCUGAAAACAGAGGGAGCAUUAGAAAUUCCUUUUGGCACCCUGGGGUGUAGACCCACACUGAGCAGAAUAAAAGCUAACUGGGUUGACUAUGGGGACCUGAAAACUAGCAUGGGAUGUUACUACAUUUUUAUUUGGGGAGGGAGCACACUUGUGAGAGUUGAUCUCAGGUUAUCAGCAAGCACCUUUACCUACUGAGUCCUCUUCACCUGCUGCAUUUAUCACUGUGGACUUAUCCAGAGCACAUGGCUGCUAGAUGUCUACCUGUCUGCCUGCCUGAUAUCUGAUCACAUUGUGAACCCUGAGAUUGUGUUAUUUACUGUAAAGCUCUGUUUCUGGUGGUGGUAUGGCUCAGCCCUUAGUACAUGCCUUUAAU